AUGCCGUCCUUCUUCGUCCCAGGCCACCAUGGCCUGCCUACGCCUCCCCAUGUCAACGGUGGUCGUAUGGAAGACCCAUCAUUCUACCCGGUUGGUCAUGCAGGAUUCCCUCCUCGCUACCACCAAAGCGGCAAUGAGUUCAUCGAACAAUACUCGCAGUCUCUGUGUUACGCCAAGCCCACUUCGAUGAAUCUCCACCCCCAUUCCGCCCAUCCGAUGAACACUGCUCGCGAUCAUCACCCGAUGAACCAGCAGCCUAUGUUUAACCCGAUGAUUGGCACUGCCUUGCCCGCAAUCCGCAACAACAUGCACCUUCCGCCCAUGGAUGCUACGAUCCCCCCUCAAUACCGCCGACAGGAAGCCGCCCCAAUGCAGCAGCAGCCCGAACAACCCCGCAAGGAGGAAAAGGCUACUGGAGGUGUUGCAGCUCACCUGGAUUACGAGAUGGAUCGCAUGUCCGACUUUGUGGCAGAGAUGGCUCAGGGAAUGUAUGAUUUGUUCGAGACCAACAUCACCAUUGCAGAUAUUGACCUCGUGCGAAGCAUCUACCCAGGAUCUUCGUUUCGGAAAUACGUCUUUCAGAUUUUGUCCUCGACUCGCCUCCCAAGUUCUACCAUCCUGCUCGGUCUCUUUUAUUUGGCCAGCCGCGUGCGCCUGUUGUCGGCUCAACGCGCCUUCGCCAAGUCCGACAGUAGCCAGGUCUAUCGUAUGUUGACCGUCGCUCUUUUGUUGGGUAGCAAGUUCCUCGACGACAACACGUUCCAGAACAAAUCAUGGUCCGAGGUCAGCAAUAUUCCCGUUGCUGAUCUGAACCGUAUGGAGCUGGAAUGGCUCUUCGCAUUCGACUGGAAGAUCCACGACCGCAUUUACGACAAGCAGGAUGGUUUCAACUCGUGGCGUGCCCACUGGGAUACCUGGAGUGCUAAGGCUACCGUUCGGGCCCAGGAGUCACGCCAAACUUUGGCCCCUCUCGAGACCAACGUCAUCCGCAGUCAGGGUGUCGCCAAACCUCUCAUGUCCCCCGAAGGCCCUAUCCCGCCUCAGUACCAACGCAGCGCACAAAUCGAGAACUCUUGGCUGAACCCGACCGCAUCCGAAUACUCGCCUCCCUCUGCUCUUUCUAGUGGCCCCACUACUCCCGACUACUAUUCAGUUGGCCCUUGGGGUUACGCUAACCCGGCUCCUCCCCCGCCCUACUCGCGGGGCUGGAAUGCUCCCUCACAGUACAUGGCUCACCCAGCACCUCGAUCUCAACCCCCAUCCUACCACCACACUCCGGCGUACGGCUUGCCGUUCGCUCAGAGUCUCUGGACGGGUCAUGGUUCAUCGUGCGGCUGUACCUAUUGUACUAAGCAUCUCGAGCACUAUAUGUGCAACAGUGCAUUCCCCUCUAUGCAGCAACCGAUGAUCGCAACCUAG